CUCCCACCACCACCACCACCCACCUGCAAGAGUCCCGAGCAACUCACUGCUAGCACUUCUCAUCACAUCUCGAUAUUGCCCAUUAUGCCUGGUCAAUACGAUCUCGUCGCCUUUGGCAACCCGCUGCUGGAUAUGUCCAUUCGCGAUGGUGAGGAAGUGCUGAAGAAGUACAACCUCAAGUCCAACGAUGCCAUUCUGGUAGAGCCUCAGCACGAGAGCAUCUACGAGUACAUUGUGCAGAAUUACAAGGUUCAAUAUGUGGCUGGAGGUGCAGCUCAAAACACUGCUCGAGCUGCCCAAUACAUUCUCCCCGAGAAGUCCACCGCUUACCUCGGAGCUGUUGGCAACGACGAUCUGGCUCAACAACUCAGAGCUGCCAAUGACCGCGAGGGCCUCAGAAGCGCUUACCAAGUUACCCCUGACCACCCUACUGGCUCUUGCGCCGUCGUCAUCACGGGCCACGAUAGGAGCCUCGUCACGCGUCUCGGAGCAGCCGAGAAGUUCGACAAGGCUCACCUCGAGACGCCAGAGGUCAAGCAGCUCACCGACAAUGCCAAAUUCUUUUACAUGGGCGGCUUCUUCGUCACUCACGGUGCCGAGGUUGGUCUGAUUGUGGCCAAGAAGGCAAAGGAGAUCGGUGUGCCCUUCUCCUUGAACCUUUCAGCCCCUUUUAUCCCGCAAUUCUUCACUCAGCAGCUUGAUAGCAUCAUUCCUUACGCCUCGUUGGUCAUCGGCAACGAGUCUGAGGCUGUCGCCUACGCCGAGGCUCACAAGCUGGGCACGACGGACCUGUCAGCCAUCGCAGAGGCGAUUGCCAAUUCUCCAUCCGAGAUCUCCAAGCCUCGCACGGUGGUCAUCACCCACGGAUCUGAGCCCACCAUUCUGGUCGAGGGAGGCAACAAGCCAAGAACCAUCCCGACCAAGCAGAUUCCCGCUUCGGAGAUCGUGGACACCAACGGCGCUGGUGAUGCCUUUGCGGGGGGCGUUGUCGGCGCUUUGAUCCUCGGAAAGAGCAUCGACGAGGCUGUGCAGAUCGGACAGAAGCUUGGUGGUAUGUGCAUCGGUCAAGACGGUCCUCGUCUCAAGUUCCCUAAGGAGCAGGUCGUCUAGGCCGUGGCACUUACAAUUUGGUCCCGCCUCCCGAGAACCUUCCCACAUGCGUAAACACUUGUAACAGUAUUCAACAUACCGCUGUUAGACACUUCAAUGCUCAGCUGUCCUGUCCCAACCUCGCAAACCCCAUCACGUAUUCACGAGCUCAACGCACGUUUCCCAAAACAAUGUCAAUGUUCAGGCAAGUAGCACAGAC